CAGGGCGGGGUUAUGUGAAACAUGGCGGAAAGAGGAAAUGAGAGUCCUGAGAGCAGCGACAGUGAUGUAGCGCUGGUGCGACCGCGGAACGUGAAACGCCGGCGGAUACUGCCCGGCAACUUAUCAGCCUCUGUGCCUGUCUACUCCAAAAAGGUGAUCAGCUGUCUGAAGCUGCUUCCCAAUGACACCAGCGCUUUGACGCACAUGGAGAAAGAGCUGCAGAGGAUACAGGGCUCUGAAGAUCUGGAGAGCGAGGUAAUUCCCGAGCCCCAACCCGCGGCCCAAAAGUCUCCCGUCUACAGUUUUAGUGACUCUGAAGAUGAAGCCAAGACUAACACCGAGCGAGCCGGCUUAGAAUGUCAAAGAAUCCGUGAUGCGUCUCCCUCGCCGCCCCCCACACCGGAAGUCGCGGCUCACCGACGAGGUCGUGCGUAUCACAAGAUAAGGGAGGUCGAUGCCCAGCUGAAAGACUUGGGAACCGUCCUGUCUCCGUCACGCAAGUCUCUGGCUGAAGAGACGGACGUGAUCCUGGUGGACAGCAGCCCCGCUCCAGAGAUCACCCUGAAAGUGCGCAGGAGAGGAGAAGUCUUCAGGAUUAACAUGCGAACGCGAGAGCCGCUGCAGAGGCUCGUGGAGGCGAUGGCCUCUCAGCUGAAGGUCGCGCCAUCUCAGAUCCUCCUCCUGCUGAGAGAUGAGGAACUUGAUACGACCAAGACCCCUCAAUCGCUCCACCUGACGGUGGCCGACAUCAUUGACUGCAUGGUGCUCUCAGCUUCUGAUGGGCAAGAUCCUGAUCAGGAUGGCAAGAUCUGCCUCAAGGUUCAGGGCAAGGAGAAGGAGUCCCACCUUAGUGUCUUUGUUGAGAAGACUGAACCCCUCCAGUCCUUAAUGGAUCAGUACAUGGCUGCCAUGGGUCUCCCUAAGAAAACCAAGAUCUCCUUCAUCUUUGAAGGCCAGAAGCUGAAAGGGAAGAGCACAGCCGAGGAGCUCGAGCUAGAGACUGAUGACAUCAUAGAGGUUUGGUUAUGAGAGCAUACGUUGUUUCCAAAGACUCUCUUGCUGGCGGACAGCUGGUCUAUCUGAGGCCAGAGUCGGCCCCGGGCACCACCUCAGGCUAUACACAGAGCAAAUGCAAGGCCAGGUGUGAGGAGACUUCUUCCACCGCUACGGGCCUCUUCAGAAAAUCCUCAGGACUAAACACGCUAGCCUUCUGCGCCUUCUGUUUAUGAGCCGGUGGCAGAUAACGCCUCGUGUAAUAACGCUCUAUUUAUUGACCGGUCGGGCAUGGACUCCGCAGCGCUGCCGUUUUACCCACUUUCUAUAAAUUUAUAUUUUUGUUAUCUGCUUUAAACAUGCUGCUCUCUAUAAGAGUCCAACCCCCCCCAUACAGACUUAUUCCAUAAUCUGUAUAAUUUUGUAUUAAUAAUAAAAAGGCUGCUAUUGAGCUGUUCCAGCUCC